AUGUCUGACUUUAUGGACUGGUUUAAGUCGGUGCCCUUUUUCACAAGAUACUGGUUUGCUGGCACAAUAAUCUUCACACUUCUUGGUCGCUUUGGAAUUCUAAAUCCCAUGAAUUAUCUUUUAUGGGAACCAAUCACACGAUUUCAGAUAUGGAGAUUCUUCACUUGUGUGUUAUACUAUCCAUUAUCACCAGCAACUGGUUUCCAUUUCUUGAUAAAUUUGUAUUUCCUGUACAAAUAUUCUGGAUACUUAGAGUCUGGAUUUUAUGCUGCCAAUCCAGCAGAUUACUUCUUUAUGUUAGUGGUUAAUUGGAUAUGUUGCUUGUUGAUAGCAUGCUUUGUUAAUUUACCAUUUUUAAUGGAUCCAAUGGUAUUAUCAGUUCUUUAUGUCUGGUGUCAACUAAACAAAGAUGUCAUCGUUAACUUUUGGUUUGGAACGCGCUUCAAAGCAAUGUAUCUACCAUGGGUACUGCUUGGUUUUAAUGUUGUCGUCAAUGGCGGCGGUCUUGUCGAGAUCAUCGGCAUAUUAGUCGGCCAUUUUUAUUAUUAUUUAUUCUUCCUUUAUCCUGAUUACUCAAACAUGCGACUUUUGUCAACGCCGGCGAUAUUCAAGCAGUGGUUCCCAAGCCAAGCGGGUGGUAUCCAUGGUUUUGGGGUACCUCCUGUACGACCAGCCACAGCAGCGCCUCCACCAACAAGAGGUCGGUCAUGGGGUGCCGGACAUCGAUUAGGCACAGAUUAAUUCAUAAUCUAAUGGUAGAUAUAAAUCAUGACAUUGAUUCAUACGUGAAGUACGUUUGUGAGUGAACAAUUGUUUGAUGAAUGUUAUUUAGGAUUCAGUUUGUGCAAAGUAUCAGCAUUUGAUGUGGGUGUGAUAUUGCCACGAGACUAGGUGUAAACUUCAAAAUACAUAAUAAUAUUAAUAAUAAACUACUGGAUACUGAUAAAA